GCCUUGCUGCGCAGGACUACUUAGCUCCCGCGCAGCGUCCCUCCGGGCCACCGUGGGCACGCGGCUGUGAGCGUUGGGGCCGCGCGAGUAUCCUCGCGGGCUGGCCCCUUCCUGUACAACUUUUGUUUUUCGGUUGUUUGCGUUCUUCGCUGCCCUGAUCGCCAUGGCAGUGUUGGGACUCCUCAGGGGUGGUGCCCAGCCCCGCACCUCUGUCCUCUUUACCGAGUCCGUUACUCUUCAGGUACCAGCCGAGAGUUUGCUUGUUCUGUUCCUGGGUUCUUCAGGAUGCCAUGCAUGCUUUGAUCUGCGCUUUAUCAUUUUAGCGAGAAUCUGCGAAGAGAUUCUCCUUUUGGGUAACUCUUCCCCUGUUUGGAGAUAUUUAGAACUUUCUAUCUGGCCUUAUGGCUUUCUACAAUGUGCCCAUGUAUGUGGGGCCCCAGUCCGAGCGCUCUGUGACGGCGGACUUGUCUUACAGCUCUGGGAAAUUCUCUUGGGUCGUUUGAGAGUUUAACGCACCGAUUUUGCGUUUUUCUCCCUUAAGAGUUCCUUUUAGCGUGUUGUAGACAGCUUGGCUUGACCCCUCUUGUCUUUGUUCAUUCUGUGCCAUUUUCAUUCUUGUUUCUGGAAGAGGACUUCAGUUUAUCUUGCAGUCCCAUUUUAAUUUUUAACUUUCCACAAUCAAACCUUUACUUGAGUGUAUUUGUCCUGUUCCUUUCUCUGUUAGCUUAUUGUUUAUGAGUACAUUAUCCGUGCCUCAGGAAGCUAAUGAGGAUUCUCUUCAGUUUUCUUUGUUCUGAUUUCUUGUUUACUCUAGUGUUACCCCCUUUUUUUUGCUAGAUAUUGGUUAGUUAAGCAUGACAUGUACUGCUCCACAGUAUUAGCACAUGGUCUUCUCCAGUAUUGGUGAUUAUUACUGUCUAGGCAAGAGGACCUGGCAGAGGGCCCUGGGUUUCUGUGGGAUGGGUUUGCCUCUGGUGACUGAGGAGCUUGUUACCAUGGGACCUGGAACGCUGGGCCUUUCGGCCUGUGUACGGAAGCCUUCUUGGCCUGAGAGCUGUUUCAGUUUGUCUCGGUAGGGGCGCCAGAGAGCCAGCUCCCGUGUACCCAGAAGGAAGGCAGGCUAAGGCCUCACUGCUGUGUGCGCCUGGUGGCUGUUUGCUUUCCUGAGUUGGAACCUCUCAGAUCCAGGAGGAUAUUAGUGAGGUCUCUGGCCUGCACCCACAUUUUUUUUCUUGUGGGGUUACUUUAUUAAAGAUCAUUUCAGUGGGAGAAGCAUAGGUCACCUGUGCGGCUGAUCACUCACCUUGAACAGAAAUCCUUGUGGCCUUGGUGCUGUUGCUCCCCCUACUUGCAGAGGGGCAGGACAAGUGCUAGGUGCCCCAAGACUGCCUGUCACCUGGAGCGCUUCUGCUCUGCAGCCUGGGGGCCAGUCAGGUGUGUAGCACCAAGCAUUGUGCCAGGUGUACUGUGUUCGUCCAGUGUGUGGUUUCAGAAGUCCUCAGGUCAGUGUUGCUGUGCUCUGAGCGCAGCCUUGAUGUGGGUGGGCAGCUUGUCACACUUGGAAGUUGGCGAUGAAGUGAGCCCCCUUUGCCUGUCUCGGCAGUGGCCCAAGGCCUACAGCAUCGAUCGGCAUCACUUGAAAUUUGUGAGAAAUACACUUUUAGGUCCACCUAGACAUACGGAGUCAGAGGCUGCAACUUGGUAAACUUCUAAUAAUCAACACCUGGCGCUCACUUAGUCCUGGUGGGAGGAUGCGCCGGGAGCCCCUGCUCUGAAGAGAAAUGUGGCAUCUUCACCUGUUCCUCUGAGCCUUGCCUUUGACUCCGCUGCUCCAGCACAGACCACCCUGCCUGCCCCUCUGUCCUUGCCUCACAAGGGCAAGGGGACUUGGGAGAACUGGCCCUCUGCCUCCCUGCCUGGUGCGGAGCUGCGUGAACACAGGAGUCUGAGCGGAGCCUGGAACCUGUCUGUCCUCCAUCCCAGUGCCUGCGUGGCCUGGAGCCUGCGGAUGCUCAAGUUAAAGGUGACAGCCACCCAGGUGCCCUGUGAAUUGGAUUUGUGCCCCUUGACUGGCCCCUCUUCUCACAUUCUGGAUGAUGUCAGAGCAGGACCUGGCGGAUGUGGUUCAGAUCGCAGUGGAAGACCUGAGUCCUGAUCAUCCAGUUGUUCUGGAGAAUCAUGUAGUAACAGAUGAAGACGAGCCUACUUUGAAACGCCAGAGACUAGAAAUCAAUUGCCAGGAUCCCUCCAUAAAGUCUUUCCUGUACUCCAUUAACCAGACGAUAUGCUUACGGUUGGAUAGCAUUGAGGCCAAGCUGCAGGCUCUGGAGGCAACGUGCAAGUCCCUUGAAGAGAAGCUGGACCUGGUCACCAACAAGCAGCACAGCCCCAUCCAGGUCCCCAUGGUGGCGGGCUCCCCACUCGGUGCCACCCAGACCUGCAACAAAGUGCGAUGCGUCGUCCCCCAGACUACAGUAAUUCUCAACAAUGAUCGGCAGAACGCCAUUGUAGCCAAGAUGGAAGAUCCCUUGAGCAGCAGGGCACCGGAUUCCCUGGAAAAUAUCAUUAGCAACGCUGUCCCUGGGCGUCGGCAGAACACCAUCGUGGUGAAGGUGCCAGGUCAAGAUGACAGCCACAACGAAGACGGGGAGAGUGGCUCGGAGGCCAGCGACUCCGUGUCCAGCUGCGGCCAGCCUGGGAGCCAGAGCAUUGGCAGCAAUGUCACACUCAUCACGCUGAACUCAGAAGAGGAUUACCCCAACGGCACCUGGCUCGGCGACGAGAACAACCCCGAGAUGAGGGUGCGCUGCGCCAUCAUCCCCUCGGACAUGCUGCACAUCAGCACCAACUGCCGCACCGCCGAGAAGAUGGCUCUCACACUGCUGGACUACCUCUUCCACCGUGAGGUGCAGGCUGUGUCCAACCUGUCGGGCCAGGGCAAGCACGGGAAGAAGCAGCUCGACCCGCUCACCAUCUACGGCAUCCGGUGUCACCUUUUCUAUAAAUUUGGAAUCACAGAAUCUGACUGGUACCGAAUCAAACAGAGCAUCGACUCCAAAUGCCGGACAGCGUGGCGGCGAAAGCAGCGAGGGCAGAGCCUGGCGGUCAAGAGCUUCUCGCGGAGAACGCCAUCCUCAUCCUCUUACAGUGCCUCAGAGACCAUGAUGGGCACCCCACCGCCUGCCCCCGAGCUGCAGCCGCCGCCGCCACAGGCCCUGCACUACACCCUGGCCAACGCACAGCAGGUGCAGAUCCACCAGAUCGGAGAGGACGGCCAGGUGCAAGUAAUCCCGCAGGGCCACCUCCACAUAGCCCAGGUGCCACAGGGGGAGCAGGUGCAGAUCACGCAGGACAGCGAGGGCAAUCUACAGAUCCAUCACGUCGGCCAGGACGGACAGGUGCUACAGGGAGCCCAGCUGAUUGCAGUGGCCUCCUCAGACCCUGCCACGGCUGGUGUGGAUGGGUCACCUCUCCAGGGCAGUGACAUCCAAGUGCAGUAUGUCCAGCUGGCGCCUGUGAGUGAGCACACGGCCACGGCACAGACGGCUGAGACCCUGCAGCCCACCCUGCAGCCUGAGAUGCAGCUGGAGCACGGGGCCAUCCAGAUCCAGUGAGGCGGGGCGGCUACCGCUGCCAGGACUGUGACACACCAGCGGGCCCAGCUGUGACCCUGGUCUCCACGCGCCCUGCUCACGCAGUUUGGGCUGAAGGUGACUGCGUGAAUUCUGCGGCCGUGCGUCUGAAAGCCACCUCUGCCCGGGGACAGUGUCCCGGUCGUCUCCUCGAGGGAGGUCCCCUCGGUUUGAGCCAUGCUGCCAGUGUCUGCAGGGGAAUCAUAGCACGGAGCGCAUUAAGUACACUCGGAGAAUCAAGAACUACAAUAUUUUGUUUAAACAGCUUUUUUAAAUUUGCUAUGGUGUUUAUAACAAAAAAGAAAAUUGGAAAAAAAACUGGAGUAGCAGAAGCCUUUCACUGUUGUGCUCUGUUCAGUGUCAUGAAAAUAGGUGUUUGCAAAAGAAAACUAAUGAUUUUGAUGGAGAUAUUGCUUACCUACUUUUCUAGAGGGAAACGCCUCCACACACUGUAAUUAUGCAUUUCUAAUGGAAUAAAGUGUAUUUAUG